UCUCCUCUAUAGCAGUCUCUGUGUUCCUUCUGCAUUUUAUCUUAGACCUCACACAUUCUGCCUUUAAUCUCCCUCCCCGCUAAUGUCCCUCCUUCCUUCUGCUUUCUUGGGAGUGUUCAUGUCUUCAGAACGUCUUAGGUGACCUGCCAAGUGUUUGUGUAGUUGUAGCAGUGAGAGGCAGUGUGUGUGUAUGAGAAGAGGCUAUUGCUUCCACUACUCUCACUGUCACAUCAGAUCUGCUCUGACUUCAUGUCACUACCUGGACAUAGGGGGAUCAAGAACCUUUCACACCUGUUCCUACAGAAAGGACCCAGCGCUGCUCUGCUAACCUGCCUGACUGCUUCUAUACAGGUGCCCCGGGCAUUGUUGUGUGCAUUCUCUUUUGAGACAGCUUCUGUGCUAAGGGAACACUCAAGAUUUGGUUGACAGGUUGGGUUUGAAAGGAAGAGAUUCUUACAUUCUGCAUGAGAACAUUGGGAUGAAGAAAGUUUCCAUAAAACACCUUACAGGAACUUGUUACUAAACCCAUCUACCAAGCUGGAUACAGCCGUGAUAUUAUUGCUUGUUAUUUGCUCCAAUUAAUGUCAACCGAUGGCGUUCCAGAUUGUCCACUUGAGAUGAAGAUAAUAGGAACCAACAUUCGGCUUAUUAGAAAUGUUAUCGUAACCCAAUUGUUUUAACUGUGGCAAAGUCAAUCUGUCUUCCAAGGAAAACAACCUUAAAAAAAAGUCAACGUGGAGACUACAGGAAGAUGGGAGAAGACUGAGAUGCUGGGAUACUGAAGACAGCGAAUAACUGUGCUGCUUCAAUGCUUGUCUUGACCCCUAUAGUGUUGGUGAUUCAGAUUUGACAUUUUAUGACAUGAGGCACAGGAGCAAGAUGCAUUUUUUCCGGAGUUAUUCCUAUGAGAUUCAAGUGGACCAGAGAGCGGAGGACAUUGCCAGCAGCAUUGAAGGGAUCAGAUGGACCCCGCUUCCUGAUAUUGAAUCUCAAGAGGAGUACAGCCAAACCGUGAAACAGGUGGUGUCACAAAAAGUUUGGAGAGCAGCUAAGGUCCUGCGUACUUAUCUACUUACCACGUCACCAGCACUGAUGCGGGAUAGAAAACAUCAUUUUCGGAAUCACAGGCAGUGCUGUUCAGGAAAGGAGCUGGUAGACUGGCUGAUUGGCAUAAGCCCCGGUCUGCAGUCCCGUAGCCAGGCUGUAGGAAUAUGGCAGGUGCUAGUGGAUGAAGGACCUCUGGUCCAUGUGAGACAAGAACCAAAUUUCCAAGACAAAGACUCACAGUUUUACAGAUUUUUUAAAGUCAACGUCUUUUUAGAGCCAGCCCUUAGUGACCGAGAUACCGAGGAUGAACUCCAAGAAUCUCUGGUGUUCCUUGCUCAGCUUGGACCAGCAGCAUUACUUACAAUGAUUCUUCGCAAGCCUCCUUGUCAGCGUACAGAGGAAGAACUGGAGGUGAUAUUUGAAGAGUUACUACAUAUAAAGGCAGUGUCUCAUCUUUCUAACUCGGUGAAGAAGGAGUUGGCAUCAGUGUUGGUGUUUGAAUCUCAUGCAAAAGCUGGAACAGUAUUGUUUAGCCAAGGGGAUAAAGGCCAUUCUUGGUACAUUAUAUGGAAAGGUUCUGUAAAUGUGGUUACUCAUGGCAAGGGUUUGGUCGCCACACUUCAUGAAGGAGAUGACUUUGGACAGCUGGCUCUUGUCAAUGAUGCCCCAAGAGCGGCAACCAUAGUCCUGAGAGAGGACAAUUGCCACUUCUUGCGAGUUGACAAGCAUGACUUCAACCGAAUUCUUAGGGAUGUAGAAGCUAACACAGUGCGCUUAAAGGAACAUGGCAAAGUGGUGUUAGUGCUAGAGAAAAGUUCUCAGCUAUCUGGGAAUAAUUUACCAACAUCAGUGCCUGGAAACCAUAAGUACACUGUUAUGUCUGGAACAGCUGAUAAAAUUCUGGAGCAUUUGCUGGAGACAAUGAGGUUGGAUUCAUCUCUCAAUAAUCCAGAAGACUCAUUUGCUGGUGAAUUUCUUUUGACACACAGCAUAUUCAUGCCAACAAACCAACUGUGCCAAGCAUUGCUCCAUCAAUUCAAUGUGGAGCCAUCUGAAGUCAAUGAGCCUGAGAAGGUCAUAUAUUCUUUCCACAAGAGGCAGAAUAUAGUACAACUUGUCAGUCUCUGGGUAGAACUCUACGGUCGGCUACUUGAGGCAGAACCAAGUGCAAAAAGUUUUCUAGAGAAAAUCUCAGAAUAUGUCAGCAGGGAUCCUCGAUUGCUUACAUGUGUAAGGGAGAAUUUUCAGGAUCGAAGGAAGACUAGAACAAUGGAGAUUACUAGUGGAAACAUCUCUCCUCAAAUAAAGGUUUCCAACUAUGGUAGCCUUCUGUCCAUUCAGGAUGAAGAUCAGUCUAGUAAUUCAUACACUAUCCAAGCCCAUGAUAAAGUGCCUUAUGACAUAUAUCUACCAGACCAUUCCUGCAUCACCUCUAUGUUUGCUGUAAAUGCUACUGUUCAAGAAGUGACAUCCUCACUUGCUACAAAGAAUGGCUGCCACAGAGACCUAAUAUUAGUUAAACUUAACUCUUGUGGAGAUAAAGUAUGUCUGAAACAUGAGGACACCGGUGUCUUCACUUCUCUAGGACUAAAUGAAAGACUUUUUAUCUGCAGUGCUCCAGAUAUGAGCACUCUGACUCCUCUACCUGAUCAAUUGGGGCCAAGCAGCAGUAGUUAUGAUAUCCUGGAACUCAUCAGCUCCAAGGACCUUGCACAUCACAUGACCGAAAAUGACUGGAAUCUCUUUAAGAGCAUUCACCAGGUGGAGUUGCUUUAUCACACAUUUGGGAAACAGCGAUUCCGUAACAACACAACUGCCAAUCUGGAGAGGUUUAUAAGACGAUUCAAUGAGGUGCAGUUUUGGGUGGCAACUGAAAUCUGUCUGUGCCAAGACGAUGAAAGGAGGAUGCUGCUCCUGCGCAAAUUUAUCAAGCUGGCAGCACAUCUCAAGGAGCAAAAAAAUCUUUAUUCUUUCUUUGCUGUUAUGUUUGGCCUCAGUAACACAGCAGUGAGCCGCAUGUCCAGGACCUGGCAGCGGUUGCCUAAUAAAAUCAGAAAGUUAUAUUCCAUCUUAGAAAGGCUGAUGGACCCCUCCUGGAAUCAUAGAUCCUACAGACUUGCUGUAGCCAAGCUCAGUCCUCCUCUUAUUCCAUUCCUUCCUCUCAUUCUAAAAGACCUCACUUUUAUCCAUGAGGGCAAUAGAAGUACCCUGGAUAACUUGGUAAACUUUGAGAAGAUGAGAAUGGUUGCCAAGGCUAUCCAGAUGUUUCACAUGUAUCGCAGCCAGAGCUACAUUCCUCUUUCUCCUCUGCGGUCACGACCACUACAUAUUCUUGAGGAAGCCACUGCUGUUCGGAUGUCCACAUCUUCAGAGUAUUCAGUGAACUUCAGAAGUCCCACAGCCACAUGGGCUUACAUCCAGAACAUGAAGGUGAUCGACAAUCAAAAGAAAUUAACGGAGUUGUCGCGGAGCUUAGAGCCGUCCUGAUAUCAAGAGAAGAGCUACUACAAAUUGGUCAGGAAGUUGAUCCCUGUAUCAGGGACAGAGGCCUUCUAUGGACCACAGCCAGGACAGUCGUUGGACUCCUCAGUUGUAGAAUUGUGCACAUUAACUCAAUUACCUGCUGCUCUACUGAUACUGUAGCCAAUAUUUUGUGUCUUCCCUAUGUUUUCCUAAAUAAUGUAAGACAAAAGACUAAAAUAUUCAUAGAUUAGGGAAAUAUAUUGACAGACAGUGAACAAACUUUGAACAUAAUUCUGGACUACCACUAAUAGAUUUAAGGAGACAAUGGACUUAUGUCUGGUCAGUAGUGUUUGGGAUUAUCUGUAUUUUUUGUAACAUUUGAUCUUGGUAACUUAAUACAGGAAAUGCGUUUCUGAGCUUAUGUUGAGCCUCACACAAAUGUAUAUAAAAAGGAAAUUGUUUAUGCUGAUCUUAAGGACUUCAAAAUGUGCUACCGUCCAUUUUUCAUACAUUUUUAGAACGAUAAGAUACCAGAGAAGUACUGUGUAAAUCAGAGAAUGCUGGUCUAUAGCAAAAUGGAAAAAAAAGUGGAAACUAAAAUGUAUGAGCCUUAUUUUCUAAUAUUUCAAAAUAUAAAAAUUAUUGGUUUGUAAAAACAUGGAAUGGAAUGUUAAAAUUAUACUGUAUAUCUCUUGAUACCAAUACUGAAGAGAUGUUUGAUGAGGCAACAACCUCAUGUUUAUAAGCA